AAGAAACGGCUAAAAUGUUUCGUUUUGAUUACGUCGAAACGGAGGAAAUCAUGCGUUUCAGCACGGUAUUCGUGGACAACGAAACAACCAAAGAUCAGCCAUGGAAAAGUAACCCAACCCCCCCCCCCCCCUCUCUCUCUCUCUCUCUCUCUCUCUCUCCAUGGACGACCUACCUCCACCUCUGAUCCUCGACAUCCUCACCCGUCUGAGUGACUCCGCCGACCUCGCUCAUUGCAGAGCCGCUUCCAAAACCCUAAACGCCGUUGCCGGCGAUGUCCGUUCCGUCAACCUCCUCUGCACCUUCGACCGAUUCCUGAAAUUGCGAUCGCUGACAACCAAAACCAUGGUCACUCCAUUCAAGACCGUACUCAAGAACCUGGUCCUGAGCUCGAGGGACCUCGAAUCGGUGUCGGUCGGCGUGGACAGGCUCUUGCGAGGGAUCGAUUACGACGACGUUGAGGAUGAAUCCGACGAUCUGUAUCUUACCGACGUCGGAUUUGUGGCGGAGUGGUUGCCGCGAAUCGGGGAACGGUUAAGAUCGCUUUUGAUAUCGGAUUAUUGGGUCCAGUCGUGCUGGAGACGAUCCGAGGUUCUAUCCCUCAUUUCUUCGUGCUGCCAAAGUCUUCUUCAUUUGGAGUUGAAGAAUGCUUGGCUAUCUGUGGAUGGCCUGAAACCGAUGCUGUCGCUAACGAGUUUGACUCUUGAAUUCAUAAGACUGGAUGACGAGGACCUCAACAAAGUGAAUGAGUGUUUCCCAUCUCUGCAAGUUCUCAAUCUGAUAGGAGUUGGUGGUCUUAAAGAACCUAAUAUUCAUCUCCUGCACCUAAAAACUUGUCAGUGGACGGUCUCGAACGCUCCACUCUCUCUAACUAUACAUGCACCAAACCUUAUCGACUUGAAACUGAAAUGUGUGAAACCCAAGUUGCUUGUUCUCAAGACUCCAUUUUUGUCUAAACUUCAUCUUGUAAUUGAUGAGGCAGGCAAGUUUGAAGCAAAGGAAUUUCUUAAUUUGAAAACUCUUCAGCUUGAGUGUUCAAGUGUUUGCAGCCUUGCUAGUGCAUUUGCAUCUGGUAGAACAAUUAAGAAGCUAAUAGUGGAUUCACCGAAAUGGGCUGAACCAUUUAGCAUCAAGGACUUGUUUGAUGUUUUCCCAAGUGUGAUCUCUCUUACGUUGAACUCCGGAGCUUGGUUGGGAAUGGAGUCCUGUUAUCGCCAUGCAGGCUUGGAAGAUUGGAGCAGGAUGAAGAAUGUGAAAGAAAUUAUUGCUUAUGUUGUGGUGUAUGAUAUCCAAAGUACACUUGCCUUUAUUUUUUCUAUUUUGGACGCAUGCACCAAUUUGGUAGACAUUGCAUUGCUCAUCCACAGGGAAGUUGAUGCCGAUAUUACUAGCCGCCUCAUGUCAAAGUGCACCAGUCAUUGCCCAAGACUUAGAUGGAGGUGGGGAAUGUGGAAAGAGGGAAUGAAAUAUACUUGGUUCUCUGAUGUGAUAUAGUCAAAUUGUUGAGAGCUGCAGAAUAUUUUGGUUUAGGGGACAAGGGAUCUGAAAAUUUUAGCAUGGUAUCGACAAAUUCUGAAGCAGCCACUGCUGGUGAAGUGCAAGACUGCAAAACUGAUUUGAAUUUGGUUAACUUGGAAGAAUUCCAGAGACAGUUUCAGAGAGAUUUGAACCAUGAGAAGAAAGAAAAGUGCAUGGAAGGAAGACAGCUCUGUUCCAACUCUAAAGUCUUUACCCUUGGAAGGUUGUGUUUGUAUAUAUAUUACGAUAAUAUUGUUAAUGUUCUUGGAUUACGUAUAAAUGUGCUUUGUGUGCUCUCGGAGGGUUCCCGAUAAUAGGGUCUGCGUUUUCAUUUGUUGAUUUAUACAUUGAAGGGAUCGCCGGAAUGAAUGUAAUAUAAGUGCUUUCUUUUGGUUA